AUGCUAAGCUUACUACUAUUCAUACCAUCUAUCACUUCUCAAUUCAGACACUUUCCCCCUAAAAGAUAUGUAAAGUUAAGAAUUGUACCAAAAUACGACUGUAUGUAUAAAAAUAUUUAUUUGUUAUCCAAAACAAUCGACUAUACUACAAUUGGAUCCCCAUUCCGCAUGUAUUCAACCAAAAUGGACGCAGGUACAACUUCUGUUGCUUCAAUUCCACCGGGAGAUAAUAUUAUAACAAUCAAUCUGAAUUACAAUGGCAAUGUAAUCAUUCUCAAUCGGUCUAAGUCUGAGCUUUUACGCAAUACCUUAAACAGACUUCAUAUAUCUAUACUUAAAACACUUGAUAAAGGCAAGAGUGGAAACAAUAAGUUGAAAAUAUCUCUUUCAGAUAUUUCAUUAUUAGAUGACAAUUGUAAUCAAAUUGAUAUGGAUACCCCAAUUGUUGAUGCCCUUUUAUCUGCAAAAUAUUUUUCCAUAAUAUCAUCUAAAAUACCGAUAGUUGUUACAGAGCCAUUUCUUAAAAAUUUAAAAUUACAUCUAAAACCAUUAAUUGGAUCUCCAAUUUUACCAAAUUUUGAAUUAGAAUCGUGGGCACAAAUAGAUGAUUUAGAAUUCGAAUGGUUGAACCAAAAAAAUGGCGAUACAACAUCGAUUGUUCAUAAAUCUGACCAUCCUACAUUUAAUGUAAGUAAUGGAUUGACUGGCGAAUUGGCAGUAAAGAUUUAUAAAAAAGGAAGUGCUGUGGGUUAUACUACGAAUUACUUACCUAUAAAUAAAUUCGAUUACAUCCCCUGGCAAUGUGAAAGGAUAGCAAAAUUGGGAAUUAAGGAUCCAAAGAAUGUAAGAGUGAUAUCAUUUAAUAUUCUUGCACCAAUAUAUUUAACAUCUUACGAAUCAAUUUCAACGUUCUUCCCUUACUGUGACCCAGAAGCCCUUAGCGUAUCGCAUAGAAUUCCACUGAUUUUAAGAGAACUCACUCUUUUACAACCUGAUAUCGCGUGCUUGCAAGAAGUUUCGCAGAACGUGUAUACGGAUUAUCUCAAGAAAGGAUUGAAGGGAUAUGAUGGAUGGUUUAAAGUUAAGUCAGGGAAUGUUUAUGAGGGCUGUGCUUGUUUAUACAAUAAAGAUAGAUUUGUACUGAUAGAAAAACUCGAUUUAAACUUUAACUCUCUUAUGAGAACACAUUAUUAUUCUUCCAUGGCUAAGCAGAUACUUAAAGGCUGGCCCGAUAUAUCAUUUGACAACUACCACACGAUAUACCAAAUAGGACUAUUGCGUGAAAAAUGCAAUAAUGGCAAAUGGGUUAUUGUUGGUAAUUCGCACUUCUUUUAUCACCCCCAUGCAAAGCAUAUCCGAUUCAUUCAAGCAUUAGUGUUCAUUUCACAACUGGAAAUUUUUGAGGAACUGACUAUUGAUAAAUAUAAAAUAUCAGAAUCAUCACUAAAGAUGUUUGUCUGUGGAGAUUUAAACUCGAAGCCUGAGGAAUCAGUUUAUGAAUUGUUCACAAAAGGAUUCGCGCCUAGUGACCAUCCUGAUAUAUGCAUUAGAAAAUAUAAAAUUAAUCCGUCACAUUCCAAUCUACCAUUACAUUUCGGCCCGCCUAUCGACUUAUCAUCCAGCGUACAGACAGCUGAUGGAAUUACAAUUCCGUCAGAAACGACGUAUCCAAUGGGCAAGUUGGAACCCAAUAUAAUAUCAACACGUAAAUCAACAUUUUCAAGUGUCUACAAAGGAAUUGGCACUGAGGGCAGUGGAGUAGAAUUGGAAUUUAGUAACAUAGUUGAAACUUUUGAUGGAUUACUUGAUUACAUUUUCUAUAAAAAUUCAAAAUUUGUAAAAGCUUUGGAAGGAAUUAGUAAAAGUGAAGGAAGGAAGGACAGGGGACUGCCUUCACUAGUUUAUCCAUCAGACCACAUAUCUAUAGGCGCAGAUUUUGACAUAGACAAUUAA